AUGAUGGCGAAAUUAAUGAAACUUACGAUUCCUAAUAUUAUUUUUAAGAUUUUUAUUUUGAAGGUGAAAAUGAUCAAAAAAUUUUAGACUAAUUUAAAAGUAAUUUUAUUUUUUAUAGAAAUAUAGAAUGUAUUUAAUGUAAAACUUAUGAAUAGUAGAAGUAGCAUAUUCCAAGAAAUAUAGCUAAACCAUUUUGUUGGAGAGGUUCUAAUUUUAAGAUAAAUUAGAUGAAAAAGUAAGUUAAGAGAAAUAAAGUUGAAAGGAAAAAUUUUAUAAUAAAAACUUUAAAAUUUGGAGAUUUUCCUACUGAUAUAAAUGAUUCUUAAGAUAGUGAUCCAAUCUUAAAAUAGUUAUUUUAAAAAAACCAAUUUGGUUAAAAGAAUAAUUAGUUAAAGAAUUAAUAUAAUUUUAAUAAUAUGAAGAAAAGCUUGGAUAGAUGGUUUAUUAUUAUUAUAAUGGUCCAUGGGCAAAAUUUUAUGUUUUAAAAUAAUAUAAUCCAUAAAUUAAUUCAUCUGUUGCUUAAUAUUAAACAAUAAAUAUAAAGAAUAAUUAAAAUGAUGAAUCCAAUAGUGAUGAUUAAGAUUAACCUUAAAAAUGUUUUACAUUAAUAUAACUUUGUGAUUUAAAAGACAAAGAUAAUAGAAAAUAUAAUAACAGAAUCUAUAAAAAAUGGAAAAAUAAAUGCACCUAAAUAAAGAGAUUUUGAAAAAUAUGGUUGGUUUGUAAAACAACAAAUGAGGAUUAUAAUUAGAAAAAUUAAAAGCAUGAGAUAACAUUAGAAAAAAUUAUAAUUGGAUUUAAAUUAAGGAUUAUGA